AAUUAAGGUACUUGGGUUUGAUCCUCUUUUGGGCUAAAACCCAACACCCAGUCUUUAGUUCACUCGUUAACUCCCGACUCUCAAGUCUAAACCCCUCACGCACUCCCUGUUCCUUUAACAAAUCCUAGACCACCUCCGGCAGCCGCAGCGAGUGUGAAGAAAAUGGUGAACAAGUCAUGGAAGAUAAUACCAAGACCGUUGUUAGAAACAAUUUUAAACAACCACGCUCAACACCACCGAGUCCCUCAGCCUCUCAUUCUCCACGGCCCCCGCGGCGCCGGCAAAACAACUCUCAUCCUCGACCGUCUCCUUAACGACUGGAACAAAGGUCCUCAUAUCACUGGCUACGUGGAUUUUGCUCAAUCAAUCAAAGAUCACCAUCCGCAUAACAAUAAUUCAUUUCCAUGGGCGUCUUGGUCCACUUGCGAAUCGCCUACUCUGUCAGAUUGCAAAAAUCUGCUUGAAACUUGCCUUGAAUCAAUGGCGUAUAAGGGAAUCCAGCUUGGUACUAUUACUUCUAAUCAAAUUUUCUCUACUUUAAACAAAUGGCACCGCCUUGAUACUGCUCUUCGCCGCGUAAUACUCCAGAACAGUAAAAAUGUUCAAUCUAGAUCAAGAAAUGUUGUUUCUAAUAAGGUUUCUAGUUCGGUUCUUUGGGACCGGGCAGUUUUCGCUCUAUCUGCUCGAUCAAAUGCCAAAGAGAUUGAUGAGCUUUUGGGGUUAGAGGAUAAAGGAAAGAACUUGUCCUUAGAGGAGGCUUCAUAUUUUAGGGAGGCAAUUGUGGCAUUGAGAUUAGCUAGGGAGGUUAUUGAAGUGCAGCAAGGGUGGAGAGCUAAUGCCAUUGCGCAUUUGAAUAAGAGUGGUGGGUUUUCUAGGUCGUUGGCCAAUUCAUGUACUGAUUGGCCUUGUUUGUUAGUUGAGUUGUUGUCAGAAGCUGCUGAAAUAGACUAUUUUCAGCCGAAGCUGGUUAUAAACAAUAUUGAAGUUCUUAAAAAUGCCAUUAUAACUGAUAAUUCAAUGGUGUCUGGAACCUUGUAUCAUGACAGUUUGAUAUGGAGAAUUAUUGCUUUGGGUGCGAACGAGAGGUGCCUGCCUGUUAUGCUGGUCACGUCUGAUAGCUACUAUUCAUACCGAGCCUACAUGGAUUUUGGAUUUCCAGACAUAUUUAUAUCCCGUGAGACCUUUGGAUGGACUCCACAAGAAGCUAAAAUGCAUAUGGUUACUGACUACUUCAGUCAUUCGGAAUGGACAGUGAUUGUUGAGGUUCUCGGGCCAAGCCCUCGGCAUCUCUUUGAGCUUUAUGCUCUCAAACAAAGCAACUAUUACCAGAAGGUGCUGGAUGACAAGGGUAGUACAUUUGAGGACAUUAUAGAUGCAUAUUUAGCAUUUUUGCAGGUUACGGUGGUGAAACCUUCCAUAGAUAAAGCACUGGCAAUCCUGCAAAAGUUUGCUGAUGAUGCACGAAAUGGAAAAAUUCCAAAAGAUAGGUUGCGUUUUGGUGCUCCUUGGAGGCAUCCUCCAAGUAGGGACAACCCUACUCUUAACUUGGAAUGGGCUAAACUUCAACUAAUGGACUUCAUUCAAUCCCUGGCAAAUACAGAAUUUGGGUUUAAUUAUCUAGCUGACUGUAGCCUUGAGAUUUUGGAUGAUCCCUGUACUCUUGCAUUGUUAGAGGUUGGUUUGCUCUAUGCUCAACGUGAUCCAUCAUUCAUUCGUCCUGUAUCUAGGGGCAUCCAGCGAUGCCUUGUGAGAUGGCUUGUCCAGGAGCGGAUGUGUAUGAGUUUCCAGAAUUGGCUCCAGUAUCAGUGGCAGCGGAUUAUACGUGGCCGUAGCUAUCGUCAUUUGAUGCUGGAAGUGGGCUAUAACAAAUAGAGUAUGCUACACUGAAAAUAAACUUUAUCCUUGGUUCAUUCAAGUGGCAAUGUUCACAACUCUAACCAUUCAAGGGGAUAAGCUUCUAUUUGACAAGUUGUGAGAACCUAGAACAAGAUGAUUGGUUUCAAGCUUUUCAGUUAAAAAGGAAGAACUGAUUGAACUGGUUUGCAGCACUUGGUGUUAUUGUGAGGUGCUAGACGUUAAAUUCAACUCUUUACAGGGGUAGUCAUCUACUGCACCACAGGGCAUUAUAAGGAUUAUGUGGCAAAGCCAUAUUCAUUGAGGCAGAUUUUAUUUAGGUUGCACAUAAAAAUAUGAGCAGCAAAUGCUAAUUUGAAGGCAAACUUUGAUUACUGUUUCUUUGGCUGUCUGGCUCAAGCCCUUGACUGAUUUUUUUGUAAAUUUUGAGGUUAGUCUACUAGAUAUCGCAUUCAACUCGACGACAGCUACAUCUAUACAAAACGCAUAAGUGGAUCGCAAAUGUGACAUUGACACAUUAUUAUGCAUCAUUCAACAAUUGAUUGAAUUCCCGAAGAUGAUGGUGAAAUCCAAUUUUGUUGUAAAGAUGUACUUUAUAUUAUGUAUUCUCUUGAAUGUGGCUUUGCAAUUGAGUUCCAUGUAGUAGAAUGCACAUCACAGACCAUACAUACCAUUUGGUUGUGGUAGUAAUUAGUGAAAUGAGCAUUUUAUUUUGAGGAUCACCAAUUUCACGUGUUAUUGGGCUUAAAUAAAUAGUGAUCCAGCACUUAACGGUGUGGGCCAGGCCUGUGACUUUUAAGCUUAGACACCUGGCAUGGGAUCCAAAGUCCCAUUUAGCCAUGUUAUUACUCAUAAUUGCAUGUUGUUGUAAUUAAUCAUAUUUUGUCCUAACUUGCUUUCAAAAGCAAAAUUACUAAUUUCUACCGUU